AUGCGCAUCGCCCCCCUCCCCUCCCACACAACCCAAAUCUCAACCACCUCCCUCUCCGCCCCCUCCGCCCCAGGCCUCCACGACACUCUCCGCGCCGGCGUCGGUCCCACCAAAUCCACGUCGACCACCACCUCCGGCACACCAGAUAGCGCGCACCCGUUGGAAUCCCGCCUCAAGAACUGGGAAGCGACGCAGGAGAGCCUGAAGAUGACGGGGUUGCGUAGGACGUUCGGGAUGAGCGAGGCUGUGAGACGCGGGAUGGAGUUGAAGAUUGUGGGGGAGGGCGCUUGGAGACCUGCUGUUUUGGGGGGGAAUGGUCGUGGUGACCUCCACGAAGACAUUCUAAGAGGAAGAGAUACCGAGAUUGUAUGGGAGGAUAUCUUCACCGGGGAUGAGUUGAGGACGAUUCCGGGUUUCCACGAUGAGAUGGAGAGGAAGGUGAAGAUGCAGUAA